AUGCAGACUAUGGGGGCCUCUCUGCAGAGCAAGUUUGGCAGAGGAAUCAAUUAUAAUAUGAAAAUAAUAAUACGGGGGGACAGAAAUGUCGGAAAAACCUGCCUACACCUCAGACUCCAGGGGCAGAAGUUCAGGGAGGAAUACCUCCCAACUGAUGAAAUUCAGGUUGCAAGCAUCCAAUGGAACUAUAAAACCUCAGAUGACAUCAUUAAAGUCGAGGUUUGGGAUGUGGUUGAUAAAGGAAGAAAGAAGAGGAAAAUUGAAGGAUUGAAACUGGAGCAACAAGCUGUUCCAGACGAGACAUGUCUAGAUGCGGAGUUUGUAGACGUCUACAAAGGUACUCAUGGCGUCAUCAUGGUACUUGAUAUCACCAAACAGUGGACUUUUGAUUAUGUCGAAAAGGAGGUGCCAAAAAUUCCAUCUGGAACUCCCAUCCUAAUUCUGGCCAACCAUCGAGACAUGGGGCACCAUAGAACUGUCAGCGAGGACCAAGUCAAGACUUUUGUAGAGUCUAUGCAAGAGAUGAGAGAAGGUUCCAUCCAAUAUGCAGAAUCGAGUAUGAGAAAUGGAUUCGGCCUAAAGUACAUACACAAAUUUUUCAAUCUGCCUUUUUUACAUCUGCAACGCCUGACCUUGGUAUCGCAACUGGAGAAGAACAAGGAGGACAUUGAUGUCACACUGGAAGAGUUGGAAAUGCUCCAACAGACCGACGAUCAAAAUUAUCAAUUGUUGGUCGUUCUAUGUUUUGUUGAUUUUUCUUAA